CGCAAAGUGUGUUGAGAGCGACUGAGAAGACGGUCGGCGGGCGGAUCGGCCAGGAGGGUCCUCGGCUGAGGCGCUUGCAGGAGAAGCUGCCCAGGAGUCUGGAGGAGGGGCCAGGCGGGAUGACAGUAGAUGGUAAGCUCAGAGGACGACACAUCCACGAAAUGCAUUGUGAGGACACUUUCAACGCAGAAUAAGUACACAUUUCUGGUGCGACCGAAUUAUCUGGUGAAGGACUUCAUCAGGGACGUGGCGAGGAAUACAGAUAUACAGUCCUUUGAGUUGCUGCUUGAGGCAAAUGGAUUUCAGGUCUUUCUGAAUGAACACGAGGACAAGACUUUGCUGGAGGUCGGCAUUAAUUUUGACUAUGGUAGCCACAAUGAUCUUCUCCUCCGUCCAAUGAAGAAGGAGGACACGGCCAGUGAAGUGACAGAGAAGAUAUCCAUCAACACUCUCCCGAUGGCGGACUCUAUGUCGGAUGACGAUCUGGCGUUGGGAGCCUCGGCGAGUCCAACAGAGCCCGCCGACAGCACGACGAUUCCGCAGCCGCCGGCGCUCAUGUUUAAUUGCGAGCUGAUUGAGGAUCAGAAGCCGCUGAAGGCGUUCAAGGAGAGGCGCAAGACCACGGCUUUUGUGGGUCUGGUCAAUCAGGCGAUGACAUGCUACCUCAACAGCCUCUUGCAGGCCCUCUUCAUGACGCCAGAGUUCAGAAAUGCACUUUACAAGUGGGAAUUUGACGGUGUGGGCGAGAGCAAGAAUAUCCCCUAUCAACUGCAGAAGCUCUUCCUCAAGCUCCAAACCUCAGAGAAGCCCUCAAUUGAGACAACGGACUUGACCCGCAGUUUUGGCUGGGACUCUACUGAAGCGUGGCAACAGCACGACAUCCAAGAGUUGUGUCGUGUGAUGUUUGACGCUCUGGAGCAGAAGUUCAAGAACACACAGCAAGCGGACUUAAUCAAUCAACUGUACCAGGGAAAGAUGACUGACUAUGUGAAGUGUCUUGAGUGCGGCACGGAGAAGUCGCGCGAAGACACUUUCUUGGACAUCCCGCUCUCGGUGAAGCCCUUUGGCAGCACUGUGGCUUAUGGGAGUGUCGAGGAGGCGCUGCGGGCAUUUGUGCAGCCGGAAACACUCGAAGAGGGCAAUCAGUACAGCUGCGAGACGUGCAACAAGAAGUGCAAUGCCCACAAGGGUCUCAAGUUCUCGCAGUUUCCCUACAUCUUGACACUGCACCUUAAGAGAUUCGAUUUUGACUACAUGACGCUGCGGAGGAUUAAGUUGAAUGACAAGGUGACUUUCCCACAGACGCUGAAUCUUAACAAUUUGGUGAAUACAUCGAACCCCGGAUUCGGGAGUGCUUCGGCGGAGGCUGAAGUGGCAACAAAGGUUAGUGAUGAUUGCAGCACUGUGACCACAGACAGUGGAUCGGCAUUAGAGGAGGAGAAUUGUUCAGGCACAACCACCAUUACGAACAACGAUCAGGAUAUUCAGGAGGAUGACGAGGGUAUUGAUAUGAGCACCAGCACUGAUCACAAGACCACCGCCUCGCAUGCCUCCGGACCGUAUAUCUACGAACUGUUCUCCAUUAUGAUCCACUCUGGGAGCGCUUCCGGUGGUCACUACUAUGCCUACAUCAAGGAUUUUGACUCCAGUGAGUGGUAUUGUUUCAACGAUCAAUCUGUGACGAGCAUCACGCAAGAGGAUAUACAGAAGUCCUUUGGAGGUGGCAGAGCGCUCUAUUCUGGCGCCUACAGUUCAAGCAUCAACGCUUACAUGCUGAUGUACAGACAAGUGGAUCCGCAGAGGAAUACAUCGGUGAUGAGCAAGGAUGAUUUCCCGCAGCAUAUCAAGGAUUUGGCGGAGCGAUUGGACAAGCAACAGUCGGAUCCUGAUCGUCCAAUCUUUGAUUGUGGCCUCAAGAUUAAGGUGUACUUUUACCAUCCGGUUGCGCUGAAGAUGGAGCACUCGCAGAUUGAUAUUCAGUCCAAUUCAACAUUGGAUGUGGCACUGACGCGGGCUUAUAACUAUCUGGGAGUAAGUCCUUUCUAUCCGAUGGAGAAUUGCCGUCUUGUGGCGUACGAUCGUGACUCAGAGGCGCCCGUAAGAAGCUUUGAAGGGCGAGAACAAGAUCCAAUUGGAGAUUUGUGGAAUCCCUACUGUUCUUACGAUCUCCUGAUUGAGACGAGGAAUCCAGAGGAGACUUUUGACGUGUACGAAGAGUCGGGAAUCAGUACUAGAGUCUUCCUGAUCGAUUUGGCUACGAUGGACUUCGAUGGGCCGAUUCAUGUGUUUGCCAAUGGUGGCAAAAGCAAGGUUGGCGAGUAUCGCGAAGCAAUCAAGAAGAAAUUGAAUGUUCCGGAGACGGAGAAGCUUCAUGUGGCGUAUAUGUGCAUGGAUAAUGUAUUGAUUCUUGAGGAGGAUGAUAAUGUACUGAGACAGCAUCUCAGGGCGUCGACAAAAGUGUUUGUGACCAGAACUGAGGGUGAUCUUGACGAUGAUGCGGAGGCAGCAUUUAAGAUCAUGGCGGAGAAGUGCAGUCACUUGAUGACGGUGUAUAUAGUGCUGCCGGAACGUGAUCAGGAGACGCUGAAUAAGCUGUCAAUUCCUGCAUACAAGCCAAAGACCGUCAGUCGUGCUGCCACGCCCGUCCAAGAAGCGCUGCCGGUAGAAAAUGGAGGAGUUUCACCUCUGCCGGAGAGCAACAGCGAGGACAGCAGUUUGAGUGAUGGGGAUAAGACACUGGUGGAGAGUUUACCAUCUGUAUCGCUCAAUCAUUCAGCCAAGGAUGAGAAGAAGCCCCAGUACACGUUCAAGGCGUUCCCGUGUGAGAAGCGCAGCACUGGGAAUCGCAUGGAGAAGCCCAUCGAUGUGAUGAAAGUGCUGGUGGACAGGAGGAUGCAGAUUGGGGAGCUGAAGACGCAUCUUGAGGAGCACGUUGGUGUGCCUGACCGGUUCUUCAAUGUCAUCAGGAAGUUCUGCUCGGCAUCGAUUGAGUGCACGCUGACUGAGACGCUGAUCUCAUACAAGGAGUGCGAAGGCUUAACCGUGGAAUUGGGACGUGUACUCAAUGAGACUGAACACAUGUGCAAGGUGUACUUCUUGAAGAUAUCCGAGUUGUCUGAGGAGAUGGAGAAGCUGCCGUUUGUGUGUGACUGGAUUCUGGAGGAUGGCACAACUGUGGCGGACACAAAGGCCAGAUUGAUCAAGUAUCUGGCCAGUGUGGAUGAGAAAUAUGCCCACCUCACGCCCGAACGCUGUCGCUUGAGGAAGAAGUCUUGGAGAACAGUCGGAAAGGUUUUCACAGACGAUCAGGUCUUUAACGAUGGCAUCUCAAUUUCACUGAACUUCGAGAUGAUCCUCCAGGAAGUGGAUGAGAGUGCGCCGGCAGAAGUGGAUCCAGAGGAUGUGGUGCUCUUGUUGCGCAGAUGGAAUCCCAGCACACUCACACUGGACCCCUUCCACGAAAUCGCAUUCGGAAAGUCUGGAGGUGAAUUGAGAAAGGUGAUCUCUGAAUUGUCCAAGAUUCCGCUUGAUGAUGUGGAGUAUGAUAAGGUCUCCAGUGCUUUCCCGCGCAACAACAUCCCUUUGAUGACGAUGAAUACGGUGCUAGAGUGGACAAAGACACCUCUGGACUAUGAAGCGUGGUCGACGAAUGACGGCAACGUGUUCUACUACCGCGAUGCCAAGGAGGAACUGAAGGAGAUCACGGCUGAGGACAGGAAGCAGUUGAAUGCCAAGGAGAUGUUCAAGUCCGAUCAAUUCUCGGGCUCAACGUAUUCGCCGCGUCGCGAGAAGGCGCUCAAGAUUUACCUGGAUUUGUCGCCGAAGAAGCAGAGCGACUAGCCAGGCGGAAACCCACCCGAAGUCCCAACAGAGUGUCCCUGCAUUUCGCCCGGAAGGGCGGCUGGAGUCUCGCGUGCGUUUUGCCGUGCUGUCGUCUUCGUGAGCAAUGUGGCACGUUUUGUUUGGUUGUCGUGUCUCAAAGGACUGAUAAAAUGGUGAGAAGGAGAGAUAAAGAUGCAUCCUUUUUCUACUGUCUUUAUGCAAAAGCAAAUAUCAUUUUGUGAGUGUUUAUUUGAGUUCUCCGGACAAAAAGAGUGACGAGCUAAAAAAAAGAGCAGUGGUGAGAUAAAAUUGUCACGUGAAGUGGAAAAAAUCGUCCCAAUAUUGCUAUUCUGCUAGCAAAAUUCUUGAUAAAGAGGGGAAGAAUUCUUUGUUAUCUUUGAGAUAAUAUUUAGUUAAAUGUGUCUCCCAUUGGAUGUUCAUGUAAUGCCGCUAUAUUUGAAAGAGAAUCAACAAAGUGUUGAAAUAAAAAUUCUUUUACAAGUAA